GUUUGUGAAAGGUAGCAGAGUUGCUGAAUAUAUGGGACAGGUCCAAUUCUUCCCCAAGCAGGGCAGCCUUCUCCAUUUAAGGUGACCAGGACAUGAUUGAAGUGGAUCGCCAAGACUGACACUGCCUGUUCAUCAAUACAUAUUCCCAUAAUGGGCUUGAUACUAUCGCGCUUUCGGCGCAAGGCGUCGACCAUCGAUGUCCUUCAGAAGAUCGAGGACGACAUGGGCUCCAUUGCCGAGAACGAGGCGGCCGUGCGGCGCCGGCAACGCCGCCUGGCGGCUGUGGUCGUAGCCUACUCGGCCCUGCUGUACGUGAUGGCCGGGCUGCUGUUCUACUACCGCUACUUCCCCGACGACGUGCUGACGCGCCUACUGUGCGCCGGCGCGCUGCUGCUCUUCCCGGCCCUGGUUUACUCUCUUAAGAGAUUGAUGACAUGGUACUACGAAAGAAAAAUACGUCAAAACGAAACCAGAUUGGCUGCAUUGAAGAAAAAGAAAGAACAGAUCUUGGAGGAGGUCCAAGACAAGGAGACGUACAAGGUCGCCAAGGAGAUCCUGGAGAAGUUUGCUCCUGAGCAGCUGCGCCGAUCACCGCUGCGCCCGGCCAGCACGCCUCUUGUGCCGCGGGGCGGUGACGCAGGAGGCGCCCGGCAGCGGCAGCUGGCUACAUUGACGGCUCCCCGGGGCCCGCUCACCUCAACCCCGUUGGGCGCGGCCGGCCGCGGUGCGCCCCAACCCGGCAUCGGCGCCGGCCGGUACUCGGGCCCGAUGGCGCCGUCUCCGCUCGUGCCGGCCGGCCGCGGUCUGCCGCCGUCGGGGUGA